GGCUACACUUCGCAUUGAACGUAUCGCGGAUAUGUUGCGUUGUCUCGCGUUGCGUACAACAUCAAUAACAUCAUAAUCAUCAAAUUCUCCAUUUGAUGUAUUGCAAGCUAAGAAAACAAAAAAUAAAAUUUAACAAACAAUUAUUAAAUUGCAUAGAUUUUAAUAUGAAAGUAACAUAAAUAAAAGUGCAAAGUGCUGUGUUUUUAAGUGACGCUUUAACAGUGUGUGUGCUGUGUGCAACUCCUACUAAUAAACGCUAUUGCUUUUACAAUUCUGUUACGGCAUAUAAUAUUUGUAUAAAAUCGCCUACGAAACGGAUACGCGCUAUACGGUUCACAUUAAAGUAACAACUCUGUGCGCUUACGCGGAUGCGUUUCGCAAUUGAAAACUUACAAAAUCUGUAAAUUGUCUUAAAGCGGCAAGCGAACGGUUAGUUGAACGCUUACGGUCGGUCGUUUGGUCGGUCAGUCGGUCGCAGGGUCGUUGGACGGUCGUUGGCUUACAGACGUUGCUUAUUGGUGCCUGCAUCCCUGCGUCUGCACCGCCACCCCAACUCCCCAAUCCCCCACACAUCCCGCGCUGUUUAUACCGCACACCACUUGCGCAAUGCGCCACCUUGCCGGCUGGUGCAUUUAGGCCGGUCGCUUGAUGCAGAAGCCUGCAAAGCAGCACUUGCUGUUAGCCAAGCGCCCAACCGCCCACCGCAACCCAACCAGCGACCAGCUGCCCGGCUUUCCUGGUGCGUCGCGCCUGCCAGCAACGCGCACGAAGUCGCCGUCGGUGUCGUGUCGGCACUCAUCGUUCGCAACGUACUAACACAGAUGCACACGCCAACACACACAAACGCGCGCGCGCACACAAACACUCGAGCAAUGUACUGGACUGCACAAGCUGCAUUGCAGCAGUUAGCAGCAGCAAAAGCAACAACAACAACGCGCCGUUAGAAUAGAAACGCUGCAGUACGGCGCUGCAGUGACGGAAGUGACGUAAUUUCCGAAACAGGAAGCAGCAACAUAGCGCUACAGUGAGCGAGUGAACGAGCGCAAGAACAAACGCAUAGACAAUUUCAAUGGCCAACAACAGCAGUAUCGUGCUGCUGCUGCUGGCGAACGUUCAGCAAAAAACUAGAAGGAGGCGAAAAACUGUGAAUGGCAAAAAUUGAAGAAAAAAUGUGCAGAUUUUUUUAAAUCAAAUAAAAGAAAAUUAUGUAUGAGUUCAAAACGAAAAUGAAAAUAUGUAAAGAAAAAUCUGAAAAAUAAUAAUAAGUUAAGUAAAUAGCAACGCGUGUGCAAAUCCGAAAAAAAAAUAAGUUCUGAGCAUAAAAUAUGAUUUUUGAAUAUAUGAAGAGCAUAUCAAUGAAAACCUACAUAUUUCUUCUUCUGCGAAAAUAUUGAAUUAAAAAAACACCUUAUUACCAAAAUAUUUACAUAUGUGCCGAAAAUCAAGCGAAAACAAAACAGCAUGAAAAGUGUAGUGCUUAUCUCAGUGCAAACUUGUGUGAAUUUAAUAAAUAAGAAAACAGUUGAAAAGCAAGCCAGAUUGUUCGAUCCAAUGAAGCGCCGCAAAGCCGCUAAUGAAGCGCGCUAGUCGAGUACGUUGCAUGACGAUGGAUAUACGUUUGAAUAUUACAGUUGUGGUGGUAGUAGUUGGGCGUUGAGCGGAGCAACCCUAUAUAUACAUACACACACAUAUGUGUGGCUAGAAGAAAGUUAUAUAAAUAAAAAAAGCGAAGCAAAAUAAAUUUCCCGGGGAGUGAAUUAUGAAAGAGCGACCUCACCAACAAACAAAAGAGCAAAAAUAAAUAUAUUAAUUGAAAACAACAACAACGUUUAUAUAUGAAUCUCUGGCAACGCAGAACAAAAACCACAAAUUGUGUGCAACAACAACAACAAAAGUGUAAUAUUUAAAAUAAAAACGCAACAAUAGUAAUAAAAAUAAAUAAAUAAAAACAACAACAGCAUUAAAAGUUGAAAUGGACUCGUCGCCGCAAUUGUAUAAAAUAAAUUCCAAAUGUCUUCCGGAAUAAAUUGUCGUGAAAUUUUCGUAUUUUUGGAAAUCUUAAUUUGGAACCAAAGGGAUCAUCAGAAGAAGAGAAAUCAUAGUCAUCAACAACAGCAGCAGCGACACAGCAACAAUAAUAAUGAUAGUGACCAGCAACAACACAAGCAACAACAACAACAACCACAACAACAACACAACAACGCAGUGAAAGUGUUAAAGUGUAAAACUAAUAAUAAUAACAACAAUAAUAACAAUAACAUUCACAAAACCUAUAGCAACAAUAGCAGCAAAAGCAGUAACAACAGCAACAACAACAUCGACGUCAUAAGCGAUAGUCAAAGUAGCGACAGUAGCAACAGUAACAACAACAACAGCUGCAGCAGCAAUAACAAAAGCCAAAAAUUUAACAAUUACACGCAUAGUGCUGGUCAUCGUCAGCAACAACAACACCAACAACAGCAACAACAAACGCAUUUCCAAUAUUUCCAACAGCAGCAGCUGAAUAAAGCCAAAUCUAAUAAUAUCAACAACAACAACGCCAACAACAAUACACAUUCAAACCACUUGAAAUUGUUGCAAAAUCAAAUGAAAAUCGCACGCAAAGCCUGCACCAGCAGCGGCCAACAGUAACAGCGCGUUUGAAGGGAAAAAGAAAUUUCACAAAAUCCAAAGAGGAAAUAAAAAUUCAGAAAUUUCUACAAAAGAAAUUCCGCAAACUGCCGCGAGUUGGCACUUAGUCGCCAAACACAACCACACAUACAUAAAAGUGUUAAGUGUAUAUGCGUGGCUGCUGAGAGCGAAGCAAUCAAAAGAGAAAUUGGAAAAAAAAACUAUAAAACGCUUUGUUGUUGGCGUAGAGACGAUGUUUCACACCACAAAUGCGCAUAGCUAAAUUUAAUGAAUUUUAUAUAAAAAAAGAAAUAAUUUUUAUAAGAAAAAAAUGUUUGAUGAUAUAAAAAAAAUUAAUGAUUUUAUAAUUUAAUUUACAUGCGCGUAUAAGUCAACGGACAAAAACAACAAAAAUCACAAAAGCAACUACGAACGAGUAGCGCGCAGCGAGUGUUUUGUUAAAUGCAUAAACUAUUGGGGAAAAGCUGAUUACGAAACUAUUUGAGUUGGCAUUUUUUUUACCGAAUGUUUGAAAAUUGUUUGUUUCAAACAAUUCGCUAAUUGUUCGAACAAGUGUCUUAGAAUAAAAAGAAAUAAUAGUUAAAUAAAAAAGUUAAAUAAUCUACACACACAUAUAAACUAUAUAUAUACAAAUACAUAUAUAUAUAUAUAUAAUAUAUACAUUAUAUAAGUUGAAAUUGAAGAACUAUUAAUUAGUAAAUAACCAGCAAAUAGUACCUUUUCAUAAAAAAAUAAACAUUAACAAAUAUAUAUUCGAAAAACAGUAACAACAACAACAACAACAGCAGCUAAAUUAACAGCAACGUUUAACUUAUAUACAAGCAUAACAUAAUUAAAAAUUAAAAUUAAAUUCGAGCGAAAAUUGAUAAAAUAGCAGAGCAAAUAGCAGCAUCAUUUAAAAAAAUCAACAAAACUGUGAUACUAAUAUUUCACAUUUACAUACAUACAUAUUUAUACAUAGCAGUUGAAAACAAAAAAAAGGCAAAACGUGUUGGCGAAAGGAAAUAGUAAAUUGCGUAACUGCAGCCAACAACAACAACUUGAAAAUUCAACACACAUAAAAAGUUGAAAAAAACAACAACAAAUAAAUAAGCAGCAAAACAGUUUCAAACUUUAAAAUAAUUAAUAAAACAAGUACCGUAAAUCCUUACAAAUUUAUAUACACACCCUUACUUAUAUAUGCACAUAUAGUACAUACAUAUGACUUAAGUAAUAAAGCAUUUUGUACACUUGAAAAAUUAAAAACAAAAAACAUUUUGUUAAAAGAAAACUUUUGAAAAAUCGCUGAAGUACUUGAAGUAAUAACGUAAUGCUUAGAAAUAAUUACAUUCAAAAACGUAAAUACGUUAUAAAAGUGCGUUACGCAAAUUAACUAAAAAUUAAAAAAAAAGGAAAAGAAUAACAAAAUAAUUUUCAAAACCUGAAAAAAAAAUAAUUUUCAAAUACUGCAAAAAAUUAAUUUUCAAAUUCUAAAAAAAUUAAAAAAUAAUAAUUUUUAAAAAUUAAACAAAAGUUAAAUAGAAAUAAAAUUUAAAGCAUUAAAACAGUUUUAAUUUACAAGCAUAUAACACACAACUCCGAAGUGCAAUGGCCCCCCUGGCAAAAAAUUAAUAUAAUAAUAAUAUUACAAAUAUAUUAAACCAAUUUAUUCAAAUUAUACAUAUAUAACAUAGCAUAGCAUAGUCAUAGCCGUUAAAGUUUUUGUAUAAAAGUAGUUGUAAAACAAACGCUGAUAAUUGAAAAAUGUAAUGCAACAUUUUGGAAAUUACAUUAUAUUAUUAAUGCUUAAUUAUUGUUAAUUACUUGCGAGUAUAAUUGUGUAACUGAGUGAAAAUUGUAAAAAAAUUUCUUCAAAAAAACUUCGAAAUAAAUUUUUUGCAACAAUAAAGCAAAUAAUUAACAAAAACAUAUUAUUUGUGGCAAAAUUAACGGUUUUCCUAAUUAAAAAAAGUAACAACAAAAACAAUUUAACGAAAUGUGCACGACUACAAUGCCUACGGCACGUAGACGAGGACGAAAGCUUUUGAAAAAGAUUUCACACGGCGCAAAAUUUUCAAAUUAAACAACUAUCAGUCAAGUUAAUUAAUAAAAUUCCCACAAAUAAUAAAGGAAAAUUAAAAACGCGACAGAAAAGUUGCAAAAUAAACGGAAGCGGCAACAAGCAACAACAAACGCUAGUGCAACCACAACAACAGUAAAGGUGUAAAUAAAAUAAUUGAAAAAAUAAAAACCAAAAUAAACUACAAUAAAUAAUAAAAUAUAACACACACACACAUUCAAGCAUACAUACAUAGCAACCAUAAAAGCUACUAGCAGUUGGCUGUCUGUCUGUCUGUAUGUAUUGCAGCUGGUUGGCAGAAAGAUUAAAGCUUCGCUCACAUACCAACACACCUACAACAAUAAUAACAAUAAUAACAACAACAAACGGUUAGUUAGUUUGCGCCAAGCUAUUGAAGCUGAAAGUUUCGUAAUAACAAAAACAAUAAAGCAUAUAAUAAUUACAACAACCAGCACUAAACAUUACAUGAAAACACAUAAACCCACACUCAUACAUACAAACAUACAUUGAUAGACAGCAAACAAACAUUCAACACAACUAAAACGACGUGCAACAUUACCAACAACAACAACAACAAAUUACUAUAAUGUAUACGCAACGUAUGUUUGACAUGUGGAGCAGUGUUACAUGCAAGCUGGAAGCACACGCGAACAAUUUAGGGCAAAGCAACGUACAAUCGCCGGGACACAACAACUCUAGCGGAUCAAUAAAAGCUCAAAUUGAAAUAAUUCCAUGCAAAGUCUGUGGCGACAAGUCAUCUGGCGUACAUUAUGGCGUUAUAACAUGUGAAGGUUGUAAAGGUUUUUUUCGCCGGUCACAAAGUUCUGUAGUGAAUUAUCAGUGUCCUCGCAAUAAACAAUGUGUUGUCGACCGUGUCAAUCGCAAUCGGUGUCAAUACUGUAGACUGCAAAAGUGCCUACAAUUGGGAAUGAGUCGUGAUGCUGUAAAAUUCGGUAGAAUGUCGAAGAAACAGCGUGAGAAAGUGGAGGAAGAGGUGAAAUUUCACAAGGCGCAGUUGCGAGCACAAAGUGACGCGGCGCCGGAUAGCUCAGUUUUUGACACACAAACACCCUCGAGUAGUGAUCAGCUGCACCAUAAUUAUAAUGGCUAUGGCGGCUACUCAAGCAAUGAAGUGAGCAGUCCCUACGCUUAUGGCUACUCGACAUCGGUAACACCGCAACAGACGAUGGCCUAUGAUAUAUCUGCGGAUUACGUCGACAGCACCACGUAUGAGCCGCGUGGCACGAUAAUGGAUCCGGACUUCGUCAGUCAUGCUGAUGGCGACAUCAAUGAUGUUCUUAUAAAAACCUUAGCCGAGGCACACGCCAACACAAGCACCAAACUCGAAGCCGUACAUGAUAUGUUCCGGAAGUCUCAGGAUAUUUCGAGGAUACUCUACUACAAGAAUCUGGGCCAAGAGGAACUGUGGCUAGACUGCGCUGAAAAGCUAACACAAAUGAUACAAAACAUAAUCGAAUUUGCAAAACUGAUACCCGGAUUUAUGCGAUUAAGUCAGGAUGAUCAGAUUCUGCUGCUGAAAACUGGAUCAUUCGAACUGGCCAUCGUGCGUAUGUCGCGAUUGCUCGAUCUCUCACAGAAUGCGGUACUCUAUGGUGACGUGAUGCUGCCGCAGGAAGCGUUCUACACAUCCGAUUCGGACGAAAUGCGUCUGGUAUCGCGAAUCUUUCAAACGGCUAAAUCAAUAGCUGAACUGAAACUGACUGAAACGGAGUUGGCGCUGUAUCAAAGUUUAGUGCUGCUCUGGCCAGAACGAAAUGGCGUGCGCGGUAAUACAGAAAUCCAGAGGCUUUUCAAUUUAAGCAUGAAUGCAAUAAGACAGGAGCUUGAAGCGAACCAUGCGCCCUUAAAGGGCGAUGUGACUGUUUUAGAUACAUUGUUAAACAAUAUACCGAAUUUCCGCGAUAUCUCCAUAAUGCACAUGGAAGCACUGAGCAAAUUUAAGCAACAACAUCCGAACGUCGUCUUUCCGGCGUUAUACAAAGAACUGUUCUCAAUAGAUUCGCCGCAGGAUCUCACAUAACAUCAAGAAAACUAUGUGGAGACUACGAACGCAAUUGAUGCACCGGACACCUUGGAUGCGUUAACGUAGAAACAAAGAAUUACCAGAUGGCAGUUGGCAGUUGACGAUGAAGAAGGAGAUGCGGACGUGAAAGCGGUGACGGUGGCGGUGUCGGUGACAGUGAUGGCAAGUAGUGCAUGCAAGGCAUGAAACUGAUUGCUGCUGCAAUAACUUUUCGUUAGAACGAGCUGUAACAACAAAAACAAACAUUUACGAAACAAACAACAACACGAGCAAUUUCAUUUAAACGAUAGCAAACUUGAAGCAGCCAGUCAGAUGACCAACAAGCGUCCGAAGUUUUGUUUAACGGAACUUAAAGUGACAACAACAAACAAUGUAUUCUCAGUUUAUUCACUGUUAAAAAUAGCGUAACAUAAACAAAAACAUACUAAACAAGCAAAAGAAAUAGUAAAUCAUAGUGCAGAAUAAAAGAAACAAAAGGUUUAUAUAACUAAUUAAUUCAAGCCACACAUAAUAAGCAGUAACAAACAAUAACAAAAAAAAAACAGAAAAACAAGAAAAAAAUAAGCAAAUAUUAAGCAGCAAAUUAAGUUUAAGGAUAUUUAUACAGAAUUUAAAUAGUAACAGAAAAUAUAUACAUAUAUAUAUAUACAUAGACAAACCAAACCAGAAACAAGCCGAAUGCACAUACACACACACACACGAACGCAUUAGCAAACAACACACCACAAUCACACCUAUAAAAAUUUACAUACAAAAGAAAAGAGAAGUAGUAAAAGAUAGGAGCAAAGUAACACGCAAUAACUACAAGAUACCGUACAUUAUAUCACAUUGUUAUAACAAAAAAUAAAACUAAAUAUCAAAUAUUCAGAAUCAUUAUAAGUGAAACGCGCAGCAGAAACACAGGAAAAUUAAAGCAGCAUUUAAGCCACAAAAAUAGGCGAACAUAAAGUAAGACAAAUAAAAACAACGGUACAUAUGCCUACAGCGUACUAACAGUUAUAGUCACACACACACAUACCCACUCUCACCUUGAAACAAGAAGAAAAUCUCGAAAAAAUAAAAUUUCAACUUCAAAAACUAUAAUACAAAAACGUUGCCAAUCUAACGUAAACUCAUUCAGCCCUUAACAAAAAUUAAAACAAAAGUAAAAUGAAAACUCUAUAUACUAUGUAGUUGAUGCCUAGCGCAAUCGGCGAAACGCAAACAAUUUAUUUCGUUCAACUCGAACCAGCACAAAUUUUUCAAAAAAAAAACAAAAAAAGAAGGAGACAAAAAAUUAUUAAUUAAAUUUAGAAGGUAUAUAACUUGCGAAUAUUAUUGAAAAGACUUUUGCAAAUCAACAACCGUACACAUACCAAAACACAACACACACACAUACAUCACUAAAAGAAAACGAGUGCUUACGCCCAAAAGACUAGCGGUUGCAAUGACUAAAGAAUAAAUAGUUGAAAAAGUUGAAAUGUGGAAGAUUUUCGAAACACAACUCGUGUGGGAAACAUAUUUUAUAGCCCGACUGUAAGCACAUUGCGAAAAUAAGUCUAAUCGCUGCCUGUUCAAUGGCGUAAGCUAUUUUUAGGCGUCAUUUUAGUUGCAGCACUGCUAAUUAACAGCGUUGCCUUAAAUCAGAGAACGUAUAUGAAUAAGAAUAAGAAAAAAAAUUAAUUCAUUUACAUUCUCUGCUUAAACCGUUAACGCCGCUGACUGCUUUUGUAUUUGUUAUUGUUAUUGUUAUGUUUUAAUCUUUUUCUAUAAAACUUUUUUAACUAGUUAAUAUGGUUUAUUAAUUUGCUGUUUCCAAACCUUUUUCAUAGGCUCAAUCGUAAAUGUUUAUAACGGUCUGUUGGCCAGUGCUAAUUGACACGAGCAGUUGCAUUGCAGUGCUAUGUUUUUUUUGUAAUUUGUUGAUUUGUGUUGUUUUUGUAUAACUCCUUUCGAGAAUACUGCUUUCAUAAAGAAAAUAAGUACGUAAAGAGAUCCACCUGCAUAUAUAGGAGAUAUAAGGCUUUUUACACAUACAUAUAAGAAGCACUAUUUGUUGUUUUGUAACGUAUAACUGUUUGCUAAAGCUUUCAAAGCUUAGAGAAUUUUUAAAUAUCUAAGUUUUCUUGCUGAGAAUUAUGCUAUAUUUUGCUGAAAAAACCGCUUCUUUGUUCCAUUCCCACGACCAUUUUCACAACAGUCGGAUACACUAUGUAAGCGGAACGAAGAUCAAAUAUCAGAUCAAGAUCUUUCGAAUUGACGGUAUUUCAUAAAAUUAUUUGGGAAUGUUUAUUGUAUCUGAAAAACUGAAACAACAUCCGACUCUCUUUAUACUUCUACAAUUAGUACUUUUUCGAGAUUAUCCAAGAAAUAGAUUCAAGAUUAUUGUUCAUGAGAAGCGCACUUAGUGUGACAGCCUAAAAAAAGGCGAAAACUACUACAGUAAAAUUGUUGAAGAAAAAAAAUAACGCUCUCCACUUUUGCUGUGAUUCUAGUUUUUCCCGUGAAAGAUAAAACCAAGAAUUCUUUACUAGAAGAUAUUGUCCGUACUUAUGAUCAACGGUCGAAAAAAAUAAAAAAUUCACAAAAUGGGGCGUUUAAAAAAAAUUUAAUUUUACCCAAUAUUUUGGUCGUUUUUGACCUGGAAAAAUUCGAUUUGUGAUCAGAUCCAAAUCAACCAGUCUGUUAGUUCAUUAUAUGAAGAACUAUGUACAGGACAUGUAGAAAAAAAUUUGUUAGUGGUCGGAUUAUUUCUUUUCGAGUAAUUUCUCAAUUGUAGUUUUGAGAAAAUCGCGCUUAAAUAUAAACUGAUAGAGCUGAUUUAACUGAAGGCUGAAACUCAAAAAAUAUUUGAGAUAUGAAUUUAAAAUUUUAAUAUUUUAUUGUUAAAGGUAUAGGUUAUCGAAAUAUGAAAAAAUUCGAUUUAAUUUUUUCGAUAAGAACUGCCGGAGCUUGAGAAAUAUUAAAAUCAUUGAUUUUGAGUGCAAACAAUAAGUUAUAUUUUUCUUAACAAACAACAAAACUACCAAUGCUGUAGGUUGUGGCACUCACUACUUCUACCAUCUCCUCCUUUUCUUACUAACAACAACAAUGUGAGAGUUGUUUCUGCAAAACUGAAAACACCGGCAUCGCCCAAUUGUGUUCAUAAGUAUAGUUCACGUCUUUGUCUAUCGAACGAGCAGAACGUAUACAUAUAUAGAUAUUCCGAUUUGAUAUACAAAGUUUAUUUUAAUUUUGUAAUACGUUUUAUGAAAAUUACAAAAAAGUAGCUGAGAUAUUUUACACCAGCCUAUAGUGUUCAAAAAACUAGUGAAAAAAGGCAUAAAUUUGUAUUCGCUGUUUUAUACUCGUAUUUUGUUAAUGCAUAUACAUAUAAAGUGCGUAUGUAUGUGAAAUAUGUAAAUUUUAAGCGUUCUACUUAUAUAGUUGUACAAUUUUAUUAUGUUGUUGUUGUUUUAAUUUUUACAUUUAUUUUAAUUUAAUUUUUUUUCAAAUGCUGCACGUCAAUGGUAUUUAUGGCAGCAUUCAGUAAUUUAUAUAUGAAAAUGAGAUAUACGAUUUUACACCACAUUUGUGUUCAGCCGGCGUAGAGCUUUGCAGAAGCACUUUUGCAGACACAAUUUUUUUAAUUUUGCUUUUGUUGAAAGUGUUUUAAAAAUAUAUUUGCUUCGCCAUGAGCCUUAUCUAUCGAACACGAAAGUAGUUUGCGGAUUGUACUUAUCGUAUAUAACUUUUUUUUUUUGUAAUUAUAAUAAUUUUUCUAUUUGGGUGAGAUCUCUUUGCAUUACUAGCCGUUUGAACACUUUGAAUAGUCCUAAUCUGUUGAGUACGGCUUCAUGUUUUUGCUUUAAUCUGGCUUUAUUGUUUUUUAUCUGCUUGAUUUUACAUUUACAGCGAUUUUUACGAGCUUUCACUUGUCAAGUUAGCUUUCAUAAUUGGGACAAGCUUUUGACACAAACGUUUUAAACGGUUUUUAUGAGCUUUCACUUGUCAAGUUAGGUUAAGCUUUAAACACAAAAAUAAUUCUCCAAUUUUUCAAAAAGCUUUCAUUUGUCAAGUUAGCUUUCAUAGUUGGGCAGACUUUUGGCACAAAAAUAAGCUUAAAAACUUUGAAAAAUAAGCUUUAAGUUUUUAAACUGCUUUCACUUGUUAACAUUGCUUUCAAAGUUUGAACAAGUUUUUGACGCAAAAAUUAGAUUUAAAUUUUUAAAAAGCUUUCAAGUGCGCCAUCAUAAUUGUGACAAGCUGUUGACAAUAAAAUAAGCAUUGAGUUUUUAGAAAGCUUUCACUUGUCAAGUUAGCUCUCAUAGUUGGUAUAAGCUUUUGAAAUAUAUCAAAAUAAUUCUUAAAUUUUACAAAAAAAGUUUUCACUUGUCAAUUUAACUUUCAUAGUUUAGACAAGCUUUUGGCACAAAAUUAAGCUUAAAAACUUACUUAUAUUACAAAAUGUUCUUAUAUUAUUUAAUGUUUCUUUCGAUAUAGUUUUGUGCUUUCUACACGCAUACUAGUAUGUGUAGCGAUAACACUGUGAUGAAAAGUCUAGACAAGAGCACUUUUAAAGCUGAGCCACUGCAGAUUAGCUUUUGCGUUAAAAAAUACGAGUUGGCAAUUAACAAAAAUGUUUAAAAAAUUUUCCGUUAUACAUUUUCGUCGUACAUUUCACACGUUUUUCAAACUGAAGUCUGAUUUCAUAUUUAGGAGACUUGAAGGGACAUCCACCAGUCACUUCAACAGCAGGAUUCAACUACCAUUAAGCCGCACUCGAACCACACACACAAACACACAUACACAAACGCAUAUAUUUAUAUGUACUUUUCAGUAGUCAAAAGCAAACAAAAAAUCAUAACCUCUCCUCACCAUCAUUACUACUACCAAUAACAACAACCAUAAGCAAUUAGUGCAGUAUCAUAGACGAAGAAAUACGAGAGAGUUGUAAGCAAAAGAAAAUUAUAUAUACAUACAUAUAUAAAGAAACCAACAAAAAAAACAACACUUGGAGGACGGUGAUAAUUAGUGUGUCUUAAAAAAAAUUAUACAUAAAUUUUUUUCUAUUUUUUAUCAAUACAUAUUACAUAUUCUAAUUACGAUUAUGAUGACUUUAAUUACGAUUAAUUUUUUGAGCCGAUUCCGAGAAGCGUAAAACAAAUUUAACUAAAUUUUAAAAAAUGAAAUUCAAAAGUAAACUGAUAAAAUUAAUGAAAUUGCAUGAAAGGAGCAUUGAGAAAACAAAACAAAAACAAAAUAAAAUUUCGUUUUAUGUUUUUGCCUUAAAUUAGUUGAAAAAACAAUGAUAUACUAAAAUAUAAAUGCAUUAUAUAUAUAUAAUUGAGAAAAAAGCGAAUACACAUACAUAAAUGCAAUACGAGUACAUAUGUACAUACAAGUAUCACACAAGCAUAUAUACACAGGAUACAUAUAUACAAGCGAAAAAUGUGGAAAGUGGCAAAGAAUUAGUAAUAUGCAGAAGAAAUGAAAAUGAAAAUGAAAUAUUUACAUACAUGUGUAUAAAAAAUCUAACGUUAUACAUACAUACAUAUAAAUUAUAUUACUGUUAAAGGUAAACUGUAAGUUUUUAUUGCAACUAGUGAAAUGGUUAAUUUUUUAUUAUUAUUAUAUAACUAUUAUUAUUAUUAAUAUUAUGAUUAUUAUCAACAUUAUUAUUAAUUAAAAUUAGUUAAUAUUUAUACAUAUAUAUAUCUAUAUGUAUAUAUAUACAUAUAUAUAUACGCUAAAACGGUAAAAUAAAAAGUAUGUUAUUUAAUUAGCGGAACUACGGUACACAUGUCGAAAAUAAUUGCAUACAUAUUAUGGUAAAAAGUAGUUAAAAAUAAUUACAAAAACAAAAAAAAACAGUAAUAAAAAACAAUUAACUGAAUGCAUGAUUUGACUUUUUAUUACCAGCAAUGCAGUGAAAACGGUUAAGAAAAACAAUAAAAAAAAAAAUACCUUAACAACAAACAAAAACAAUUAUAUAACGCAUUUGUGUUUGAUAUAUUCUUUUAGCUACAAAUACAUACAUACUUACAUACAUAGUGCAUACAACAGACUAAAAUCUCUCAUUUACCCAAAGCAAACCCAAACCAUUAGCGCAUUUCCUUUAUGAAACAAAACAGCAAAAACAAAAA